GUGCACACGGGGGCGAUGCGCAGAGUCAGCGCUGUAGUGCGGCGGUGCGGGAGGAGCGUGCGGCGUGUUUCCGGGAGUGACGGAUCGGCAGUAGGGGAGCGGGCUGUUGAAAAAACACGGCGAUGGAAGCCGAGUUUCGGGAAAUUGAUGAAUCCGGGAACUGGAACGCCAUUUACCAGGAAAUCAGACAACAGUCAAGUGAACUGCCCUGCAAGAUUGCCAAACUUCCAGAGAACAGAAGCCGCAAUCGCUACAGAGAUGUCAGCCCAUUCGACCACAGUCGAAUUCGUCUUCAAAUCAGCAGCAAUGACUACAUCAAUGCCAGUCUGAUCUCCAUGGAGGAGGCGCAGAGGAGUUACAUUCUCACUCAGGGUCCUUUACCUAGCACAUGUGGGCAUUUUUGGGAGAUGGUGUGGGAGCAGAGGACUCGCGGAGUGGUCAUGCUGAACCGUGUCAUAGAGAAGGGAUCGGUGAAAUGUGCGCAGUACUGGCCACAGAGGGAGGAGCGGGAAGCCAUUUUUGAGGACACGAAUUUCAAGUUAACUCUAGUUUCAGAGGACGUGAAAUCAUACUACACAGUUCGGCAGCUGGAGCUGGAGAAUCUUUCAACUCAGGAAACCAGGGAGAUUCUUCAUUUUCACUACACCACCUGGCCUGACUUUGGUGUUCCCGAGUCUCCUGCCUCUUUCCUCAACUUCCUGUUCAAGGUGCGAGAGUCAGGCUGUCUAAACUCAGAUCAAGGGCCCGUGGUGGUCCACUGCAGCGCCGGCAUCGGUCGCUCCGGAACCUUCUGCCUUGUGGACACCUGCCUGCUGCUGAUGUCUCUGCGGAAAGACCCAUCCUCGGUCCAGAUCAAGGAUGUUCUCCUGGACAUGAGACGAUACCGGAUGGGUCUGAUCCAAACAGCGGACCAACUCCGAUUCUCCUACCUCGCCGUUAUUGAGGGUGCUAAAUGCAUCAUGGGAGACACCUCGAUCCAGGAGUCGUGGAAGGAGUUGUCAAAUGAGGAAGACCCUCCUCCAGAAUUCACUCCCCCUCCUAGGCCACGUCCACCAAAGCCUGCCUACAAUGGACCUCAGUCCACGUCCCAGUUUUUUCCUGAACAUGACGAGAUAAGGGCCAACAAUGUCAUCUACACACACAGCGCUCCUUCAGAACCGGAGGUCCGCAGAAGAACAGUGGCAACGGUGGCAGCGACGGCAUCACCGGAUUUUGAGAGGCCGACAAUGCCGGCUGACGAGCCUGAUAACGCCAACGUUGCGAAGCCACAUGACCCACUCACCGCGACAACUGAAGCUCCGCCCAAACCGGCACGGUCACCACCAGAGAACACACCUGCAGGACAGUGGAGCCCUCUGCUGGCUAGCAUGUGUGUGUGCACCAUGCUCGCUUUGGGAACAUACAUCUGUUACCGCGCCUGCUUUCACUGAUUAUUGCUCUCCCUCUAUCUCCGUCUCUCUCUGUCUGUCUUCCUGCCUUUCUAGCUCGCUCUCUCUCUCUCUCUCUCCACCUCUCUCUCUCUUUCCCUCCCUCUGUCUGUGGUUAGGGAGAGGGUGGGUGAAUAGGUUCUGCUGGCCAGCUGGCUCUCUCUACCUCCUUUUGAGAGGGAGAGAGAGAGAAUUAGAAAAAAAAUUAAAUAGAGAGAGAGAGAGAAAAAUGAUGGAGAGGGACAGACACCUGCCAUUGAGCCCUGUCUCUGUAUUUUUUUUUUUUUCCCCCAAAUUUUCCCCACUUCUUUUCCCUAUACUGUUUGGGGAAAGAUGUAGAGAAAAGACUUUCUUAGCCAAACUGCUGUUAUAUACCCUAUUACAUGACACAACACACACAAGCAGUCUGUCUGUUCGAUAGCUCAGGGCCUCGCACUUCAGGUGUCCCCCAAAUAUGACAUCCAGGUUUUACUUAUCCAAAUAAACCCUUUUAGUAUUGCUGCAAUAAGCAAGGGAACAUUUGUGUGUCUAGUGUGUGCGUGUGUGUGUGUGUGUGUGUGUGUGUGUGGCGGAUGUCUGUUUUUGUGUCAACGUAAUAGGUUGUGUGAAUUCAUAUUUGUGUCACAAAAGUCAGCGUUUUGAAAAAAAACAUCAUAACUGCCACACAGGGGCUCUUGUGGCUUUGGCUGUUUAGCCUUCUCAAAUAUACAGUGUUUGUUUGUUUGUUUGUUUGUUUGUUUUGCUAAGCUUUAAUGAUGCCCCUUGCAGAGCUCUGAAUUGUGUGCGUGUGUCUGUGGGUGUUUGUGUGUGUGUGUAUGUGUGUGAGUGGGGAGUGGAGGGAGUGGUAUCGAGUCCACUCUGAUAGCAAUCUUGCCAGUUGUGAAAUAAAGGUUUAUGUUCUUCCUGCCCAACUGCGAGGGCUCACGUUUGCACUUGGCUUGUUUUAAAAAAAAAAAACGUCAUGAUUGAAAUAUCUUGAUCAAAGAUAAGACACCAGCGUGUCCAUCCUUCUUGUUUGCCUGGAUUUUCCUUUAGCUCUUACAGAAAUUUAUGGAAUGCGUUUUUGUUACUCUACAAAAUGGUUUCGCUUCCAUUUUCCAUGUGUCUUGUAAGCAUUUGCUAUUCAUCAUAUUCAGGAAUCUUGACCUCGGUUGUAUGCUGUAUUCCAGCUCCCUAAAAGCUUUUCCGGCACAGACUCGUGUAAUGGCUUGGGACUUGGGAUAGGGGGAUUGUUCUGAACAUUAAUUAAAUGUCAUUUUAAGGUUAUGACUUCGUAACCUUUUGCAGGCCGCAUUUACGCACAUCACUAGGUCCUCAUACAAGGGAACCUUGGGGUUUGCAAUUGUAGCGUAAAUUGAGGUAGCGUAAAUAAUGAAAAAUGUAAAAAAAAAAAAAAUAGAUUUAAAAAAGCUUUGAUGCAUCAUAUUGCCACCAGGAGGCAGCAUUGAGUUACGUUCGUGAGGAAAAGCAUCUUUUUAAGAGGGUUUGGUCUUCAUUUCCUCCUCCUCUUUCUCCUUCCCUAGCAAUAUAUAAAAUACAUAAGAAUGUCAGUGUGUCUGUAGAAACGGCUGUUCUGUCAGGAUGAGGCUUGUAGUUUGUAAUGGCAGCUGUAAUGGCAUAAUGUUUGGCUGGUUCCUAACGCCAAACGCUAAUGUGGAUAAAAGAUCUUUAUUAUUAAUAUUUUUUCUUCUGCUUGAGAACAUUUCAUUUCCAAUUCCAAUGUUUUGUUCUUUGUGACAAUUUCUGGAUUUUUAAGCCGUUUAGGAAUUUGUGUCAUUUGUAGACCAGACAACCUAAAAUGAAUGAAUGAAUCAUUUAUUAAUAAUAAAAGUAAAUAUGAUAAAACGGGGGGGAUGGGAGGGGUGGUUUGGGGGAGGGGGUCGAUGCUGCACAUAACAUCCUUUGGUCUGCAGUUUUGUAAAAAUCUCUGCCGAUGUUUGGUUAAUCAGGAACAAUCUUUUCAGGGUGGGUUUUAGUUGUUGUGAUUGUAGUUAUAUUAACCCUAAACCUUAUUUUCUCGUGCAGGUUCUUGACGAAUAAACUAUUGCUUAGAAAAUGAGGGAUUUUAAACUCAUCAGGUUUUUUCAGCCUGAAAAAGGAUUAAGUGAUUGGGUGUAGGGUUUAACGGCACUUGUGCUAUGGUGCUAUAUAUUCCAAUUAAAAGAGACUAAUGAGUUUAAUACAUAUUUCUUUCAACGUGCAGCAUAACCAUGGAACAGCCAUCUAAAUUCGGAUCUGAGCGUACAUCUCUUAAAAUUACACAUGAAUGGAAUAAAUUAAAGCAUAUACAUUAAUGACUGAAAAGAAAUUGGCAUGGAUUAAAAUAGGAGUCUAAUUGGUUUAGACUUGUUUUUAUAUAUUUCCUCUCAAUGUACUCAGUCUUUUGUAACUCUGCUGCCUCUUUCGAAUCAGUCCAAUAAGACUUUUGAUUGUAUUUUACUUCUCUGCUGGAAAAAAGUUGAUUGUGCUCAUCCACUGUAGCGCUAUCCUUGCUUUGGUGGUUCGAGUGCUGGGGUCCAGUUUAAUCUUGUCACCAUUACAGAAUGCCCAAUUUAUGUGUCCUUUCCUAAACCUCAAGAAUGUAAUAAACUUUUCAUGGACAUUCUGUUAUAAUAGGUUGUGCUUUGUGCCAGAUAUAUCACUUGUGUGUGUAUGUGUGUAUGCCAAUGUGUGAUAUAUUUUUGGACUGGCAAAUUGGCAGAAUUGUUAAAAAAAAUCUUACCCUUCAUAUGGAAGGCCUCAUUGUUUUUCUUUUCAUUUCUUUCACACCAUUUUUUUUUGACAUUUUUUUUGUUAUUAUCCAUCAACUUACUUUUUUCUUUUUGUAAAAAAAAAUGGGACUACUGCUUUGUUGUGGUUGAAUCUGAUUUGGAUUGAAGACUUUUUUUUUUUUUUCUUUUUUUUUUUAGUUUCAGACUGAAAGCCAAACAACGAUGUGGUAAUAAAAUCAGACGUCUUACA